GGAAGUCACACACACACACACACUCUCACUCUCUCUCUCUCUCUCUCACACACACACACACACACACACACAGAGAGGCUGCAGUUUUUAAACCCAGCUCUCAGCUUUACUUUCAUCCAGGAAGCGUUUCUUUAAAGCGGCAUCAAAUCAGGACGCGAGCAGAAAGAGGAAGAUGGAGGAGUUUAGUGCAGGAAGUGAGAUUAGCAUUAGCGUUAGCGUUAGCAUGUGUCUGAGCACCACAACAACCUGGAGCAGAGGGACAGAGAUUCACACUGCAGCUUAACACACUUACUCAACCUCCUCUUUCUUUCUUUCUUUCUUUCAUUCAUUAUUGUUGUUUAGCCUCCAUUCAGCGCAGGACAAACCUGGCAUCUGUUCCUCUUUUCUCCUCAAUCAUUCACUUCCGGAUUAGCUGAAGAAGUCUUGCCUCGGCUGUGGCUCGCCCCUGAGGGAUCGCUAGGCCAUGACGUCGGUACGGCUGAAGUACCUCUCUCUGGGUGUGCUGGUGUUCCAGACGACCUCUCUGGUGCUGACCAUGCGAUACUCGCGCACUCUGCAGGCUGAUGGGCCACGUUACCUCGCUUCCUCCGCCGUGGUGCUGGCUGAGCUGCUCAAGAUCCUCACCUGCGUCUGCCUCGUCUGCAAAGAGCACAGUUACAGUGUCCGUGCUCUGAGCACCGUCCUCAGGCAGGAGAUCCUCCAUAAGCCAGUGGAGACGCUGAAGCUGGCCAUUCCCUCAGGAAUCUACACGCUGCAGAACAACCUGCUGUACGUGGCACUUUCCAACCUCGACGCUGCUACAUACCAGGUGACCUACCAGCUGAAGAUCCUCACCACUGCGCUGUUUUCUGUCUCCAUGUUGGGUCGCAGGCUUGGUCUCUAUCAAUGGCUCUCGCUCAUCAUUUUGAUGACUGGAGUAGCUCUUGUGCAGUGGCCCACGGACUCUUCCUCCGAGAAGCAGCAGCCCACAACGGGGUCUCCGUUCGUGGGUUUGGUGGCCGUGUUGGUGGCCUGCUGCUCCAGCGGCUUUGCUGGUGUUUAUUUUGAGAAGAUCCUCAAAGAGACCAAGCAGAGUGUGUGGGUCAGAAACAUCCAGCUCGGUCUGUUUGGUCUGGUUUUUGGCCUGUUUGGAAUGUUACUGUAUGACGGAGAGAGAGUGAAGGAGCAUGGAAUGCUCCAGGGCUACAACUCCGUCACCUGGACUGUGGUUUCAUUACAGGCGUUGGGAGGUCUGGUCAUAGCCGCUGUUAUUAAAUACGCAGAUAAUAUUCUGAAAGGUUUCGCCACGUCCCUGUCCAUCAUCCUGUCUACGCUCAUUUCCUACUUCUGGCUGCAGGACUUUGAGCCGACGAGCAUCUUCUUCCUGGGAGCCGUGUUGGUCAUAGUUGCGACGUUUUUGUACGGCUACGAAAGCAAACCUGCGUCCAACCCGAGCCGAGCAUGAUGGGAAGCCGGGGACACCAGAGAGCUGAUGGAGGUCCAGGAUGGAGCUGAAGAGAUGGACAGAAGCGCAAGAAUGAACUGAGGAGAAGGAGGAGGAGGAGGAGGACGAAGGAGGAAGGAAGGUUGAUGGAGAUGUCCCUUGUUUCGAAGUGACUUGUUAAUUGAGCGAGAGUGUGCACUCAUCUGAGAGAUCAGAGGCGGAGAGCCGUGGGGAGCCAAGCAGGCCUAUACCAUCAGCGUACAUGAAGAGGAAACCUCGGAAAAUGAUAAAACUAAUGUUAUAUACGCCAUAACUCAAGUACUUGAGGAAAGCACUGGAGUGCCAUUCGGUUCAGUGUGUGUGUGAGAUGAUCCAAGCAAUCUGUGAUGAGAUGAUAAUAUAAGAUUGUGUGUGUGCGUGUGUGUGUGUUUGUGUUUUUUUAAAGCCAUGUCAUGCAUCUAACUGCAGGAAUUCUUUCCCAAGUACAGCCAGGUGGAUUGGCUUUUCACCCAUGAACAAACCCCAGACACUGAAAAUGCAAUGAUUAUUAUAAUCUAUUCAAACUUGAAGAGAAAUUAAUAUUAAAUAAUUUUAGUAAGUA